AUGAAAGCAACAGAAUCCGAUGACGGAGGCUUAGGACUAAGCCCAUCCGUGAGGAAGGAAGAAUCAGACGUGGCAGAAGCGCAGUACAUAAGUUUUGCCACGCCCAGAACAAAUGACUGUCGCGAAAUGGGCGUCGUUGAUUCUCAAACUGUUCACGAAAAGCUGUUCACGCUGUUCAUGCUGGUGUCGCUGGUGUACAUGCUGUGCGUGAUCCGGGUGCUGCGAGCGGUCAAGGAGCAGCUGUCCCCGCGGCUGCUGAGGUCCUUCGCGCAGAAAAAGUGGCUGUUUGGGCUCAAACUUACCUCUACAGGCGGCCUGCUCUUCUUCUUCUGGAGGCACCGGGUCUAUUGCCAGCCCAUGGCGUUCAGCUGGUUCUCUCUGUGCGAGUACGUGAUCGCCACCUGCAACAUGCUGUACCACGUGAGCGUCGCCCUCGACUUCUCUGACGAGCACCUCAUCGUGGGCCACAUCAUCUCCUCCUCGACGGCCGCCCUCGCUUCGUCCGCCUCCACCAACUCCAUCUCCACCGCGGCCUCCACCUCGCACCGCCACUCCGUCUCCACCUGCGAGUCGCUGGCCACGUGCGAGGGCGGCGCCACGCCCACGUCACCCCCCACCAGGAACGGGCGGCUGGACGAGGCGCUCGCGGGCGAGGGCUCGGUCCCGGCGACGCCGCAGCCCCUGCCGCAGCCUUUGGGCGUCGGCCUGCCCGCGGGAAAGGCCGGGGACGCGGCGAAGGCCGAGAGCCCCGCGGCGGAGGUGCCCUCGUGCGGGGCGGGCGGCGCGGGCGGCGCGGGCCUAGGGGCGGCGGAGGAGGAGGCGCCGCCGGCCGUGGUGCACCAGGUCCUCAACACCAUCCACGAGGGCGCCGAGCCGCCGGCGCAGCGCGUGAACGGACCGGCAGAGCCGCCCGCGGCCGCGAUCGUGCAGCGGAGACCCGCCCAGAGCAGCGCAAGCCAGCCUACGCCCACACAGGGCGCCCCCGCCGCCUCUGCUCCCCACGCCCACAGCGAGUGAGGCGGGGACUUGGAGACUCCGCCCAUCUGCCCGGAGAGUGUAAGCGAGGGCGCCUGCACGCCGCCCAUCGCCUCGGUGGAGGCCGCCCCCGCGCACGAAGGAGCCGGAGACGUU